CUGCUGUGAUCUGUAAAUCAGGAAAUCGCACCACCGAGCCUGUUUUUCUACUUGUUUGAUCAGAUUAGGUCUUUAUAGGUUGCACUUUUUUUUGCAGUGCAGUGUGCCUCCUAUCAGUGACUGUGAGCCUCGGUGUGACUGCCUCCCUCUGCUCUCUCUGCUCUUUGGCUCUCUGUAGCUGCGGACGCGCUUUCACUCUCCACACUUUCCCCUCGUGUCUGCUCCACGCAGCGCCGACCCUGGAUACUACUUAAACCUGUCAUUUGAAACGGGAUGAAAGCCACUUUCUGCUUCGUUUUGCCCACAUGUACCCUCCUCCUGUUUCUUCUACCAGGAGGCUCCUGUUCAGAUGCAGAGCACCGGCUCUUCUCUGUGAUAUUCUCCAACUACAACCAGUAUAUACGACCAGUGGAAAAUGUGACCGACCCAGUCAUCGUACAGUUUGAGGUGUCCAUGUCACAGCUGGUCAAAGUGGAUGAAGUCAAUCAGAUCAUGGAGACAAAUCUUUGGCUGAGACAUAUCUGGAAUGACUACAAACUCAGAUGGAAUCCAAGGGAUUUUGGAGGAGUCGAGUUUAUCCGAGUGCCGUCCAACAGGAUAUGGAAGCCAGAUAUUGUGCUCUACAACAAUGCAGUCGGAGAUUUCCAGGUUGAUGACAAAACAAAGGCCCUGCUUCGUUACAAUGGCGAUGUUACCUGGAUCCCUCCAGCCAUAUUCAAGAGCUCCUGCAAGAUUGACGUCACUUACUUCCCCUUUGACUACCAAAACUGCACCAUGAAGUUUGGCUCUUGGACAUACGACAAGGCAAAGAUCGAUCUGGUGCUCAUUGGCUCAACCAUCAACCUCAAGGACUUCUGGGAGAGUGGGGAGUGGACAAUCAUUGACGCCCCUGGUUACAAACACGACAUAAAGUACAACUGCUGUGAGGAAAUCUACACGGAUAUCACUUACUCUUUGUACAUCCGCCGUCUGCCACUUUUCUACACUAUCAACAUGAUCAUCCCCUGCCUCCUCAUCUCCUUCCUCACUGUGCUUGUCUUCUAUCUGCCAUCUGAUUGCGGCGAAAAAGUCACCUUGUGUAUCUCCGUCCUGCUGUCUUUAACUGUCUUCCUUCUUGUCAUAACAGAGACCAUUCCCUCCACCUCUCUAGUCAUCCCCCUGAUUGGCGAGUACCUCCUCUUCACUAUGAUCUUCGUCACCCUCUCUAUUGUCAUCACUGUCUUUGUAUUAAAUGUCCACUACCGCACACCAAAGACCCACACUAUGCCCUGCUGGGUGCGGACUGUGUUCCUGGGGCUGCUGCCCAGGGUGAUGUUUAUGACUAGACCAGAGAGGGACCCUGAGAAGGUGGCAGCAGCCAGCAGUGCUCAGGCAUUACAUUCAAGGCCCUGUGCCAUUCAUUCUUCAGGUACUUUGCAGAAGCAGCACAAGCCUCAGGCCCUGGCCUCCAGCGUGGUGUCCAGCCUGACAAACCGCCAACGGCUUUUCAACAAUGUUACAGAGCUCUCCAAUCUCAAUAACUUAAGUGGAGACUCGGUCAAAGGUGCAGGCUCCGCGCUCUCGUGCUCGGAGGGCCGAUGCAACUGCUGCUGGCAUCAGAGAUCCACCAAACUGCCCACAGACUCUGGGGGAGGGAGUGGAGGACUGGGCAGCCUGGGGGCGCUGACUGGAGGCAGUGCUGUUGGGGUCGGAGGGGGGAGUCAGUGCUCCAGCUCAGAAUCUCUGGAUGGAGGAAUAAUGUCCCUGUUGCCGCUUUCACCUGAAGUCAGGGAGGCUAUUGAGAGUGUCAAAUACAUAGCAGAGAACAUGAGACUACAGAAUGAAGCAAAGGAGGUUCAGGAUGACUGGAAGUACGUUGCCAUGGUUAUCGACAGGAUCUUCCUUUGGGUUUUUGUCCUUGUGUGCAUCCUGGGAACAGCUGGUCUCUUCCUCCAGCCUCUGUUACUUGGGGAUGACAUUUGAAGAAACAUAUACUCAAUACUGUUUGAACUGCACAGCAUAUAUAACAAAUGUGAUUCUCACCACGGCUCAGACAGAGGAAAUACGGAGUGGAUCCAGGGUCAAGAAGAAAAGAUGACUGGUUUAGUGACUGUGUUUUCACAGAUUAGAUGAUUUUUUUGGGUGAGGAAGUGGAAAGGACUCUCUCGCUGAGGACGCGGUUAACUAACAAUGGUAAGGACCUUAGUGGUUAGUCAUUUCAUUUUGUACAAAAUAUUUCUGUUGUAAAUGGCAAUAUAAUCUGCAAUGCCAAAGCUGCACCCUUGUAGGAUAAAUUAUUUUGAAGAGUAAUAAAUGGGAAGAGUGAUCUUGAGGCACCUACUUUUAUGUUAUGUACAUACAGGGACAAAUGCAACCACCAGAAAGCUCAAUAUUCAAAUAAAAUAUCAUCAUGUUUUAUACAAGAAAA